AACACCGCCGCCGCAACACACCGCGCUGGCUGGCAGCGCCGAGCCCAGCAGUCCCACAGCCCCGCGGCCAGUGCAGUCCCGGCCGGCGCGACUAGCUGCGCCAACUCCACCACACCUCGCCUCGCGCCGCCGCCAACAACAACCGCGCCGUCGUGCCGAACACCGCGACUGCGUCCACGCGAGUGACCACGUGUGUGUGUGUUGUGUGUGCUCCACGCGGCCGCAUGUGGGUCCCCGCCGGCAGCCGAGCACACUCACGGACUGGCUCUCCACGCCGGCGCCGGCGGGAGGCCGUCGCCCAUGUGUCGCCGAGAUGAUGACGCCUGCUGCAAGUCGACGUGCUGCCUGUGGCUGUGGGGAAGAUGUUGCAGGCCGAGGGAACUCAAAUCUCGAACCAUCACCUUGGGCCAUCCAAGUCGAGAAAAGUUCCCACCCAAUGUGAUACGCAACCAAAAGUACAACAUUCUUACUUUCCUUCCUAUGGUCUUGUUUCAACAAUUCAAAUUCUUCCUCAACUUAUACUUUUUGGUCAUGGCUACCAGCCAAUUUAUUCCAGACAUACGGAUUGGUUACCUUUAUACUUAUUGGGGACCUCUGGGAUUCGUUUUGACGGUAACUAUAUUCCGAGAAGCUAUAGAUGAUUUCCGUAGACAUCAGCGAGACAAGGAAGUAAAUGGCCAAAAGUACAGGAGACUUGUUCAUGGUAGGGAAUCUCCUGAAUUAGUUCCAUCUUCUAAGCUACGAGUUGGGGACGUGAUAAUUGUUGAGAAAGACCAGCGAGUGCCGGCAGAUUUAGUACUCUUACGCACAACAGAGAAAACUGGAGCAUGUUUUGUUCGUACUGAUCAGUUGGAUGGUGAAACUGACUGGAAACUUCGUCUCGCUGUUCCUGAUACUCAAAAAUUGGAAAAUGAUUUUCAUAUGUUUGAUAUAUGUGCAUCACUCUUUGUGGAAAAACCCAAACGAGACAUUCACAGUUUUGCUGGGACUUUUAGUAGGAGUGAUGGUCACGGUGGAUCAGAAAGUUUAGAUGUGGAAAAUACUCUCUGGGCUAAUUGUGUUGUAGCCAGUGGUACCGCAUUAGGUGUUGUGGUGUAUACAGGACGAGAGACUCGAAGUGUCAUGAAUAACUCUCAACCUCGUUCCAAAGUGGGUCUCUUAGAUAUGGAAAUAAACCAACUUACUAAGGUUUUGUUUGGUGCCGUUGUUGGUCUAGCAUUGGUCAUGAUGAUUUUAAAAGGCUGGAGUGGGCCAUGGUACCGAUACAUGUUUCGGUUUGUUCUUCUGUUUUCUUACAUCAUUCCCAUCAGUUUGCGAGUUAAUCUUGAUAUGGGGAAAGCAUUUUAUUCCUGGUCUAUCCAGAAGGACAAGGAAAUUGCUGGCACAGUUGUACGCUCCACAACUAUUCCUGAAGAACUUGGGCGUAUAUCUUACUUGUUGAGUGACAAGACAGGGACACUCACCCAAAACGAAAUGGUUUUCAAGAAAUUACACCUUGGCACAGUUUCAUUUGGAUCUGAGAGUUUUGGAGCUGUGACUUCCCACUUAAAAGUGGCAUUUGCACAGCAGUCUCAAGGUGGAUCGUCAUCAGAACAUUCUACAAACAAACACAGCACUGGCUCCACACCAGCCCCCAUGAAAGUGCGACGGUCUGAGGUUACCCGUGUCCUCGAAGCUGUUCGAGCUGUUGCAUUGUGUCACAAUGUCACACCUGUGGAAGAUUCUGCUGGGCCUUCUGAAACCCCAGGUAGCCCUGGAGCAGGAUCUAUGGAGUCUCAGACUGAAGCAGACCAACAUUACUUGCAGGAGCAACAAGCAAAGACUGUUGUUUACCAGGCAGCUAGUCCAGAUGAGGUUGCAUUAGUUAAAUGGACUGAAGAGGUUGGAUUAGCUCUUGUUAAACGGGACCUUGUUUCAAUGACAUUACGCACACCUACUGGAGAUCUUCUGGAUUACACAAUCCUUCAAGUAUUUCCUUUUACAUCUGAGUCAAAACGAAUGGGAAUCAUUGUGCGGGAGGAACAGACUGGUCAACUUGUGUUCUAUUUGAAAGGAGCUGAUGUUGUUAUGUCAUCUAUUGUACAAUAUAAUGAUUGGCUGGAAGAAGAGUGUGGUAAUAUGGCCAGGGAAGGUUUGAGAACCCUAGUUGUUGCCAAAAAAGUUUUGUCUGAAGAGCAAUAUCUAGACUUUGAGACUCGGUAUAAUGCAGCAAGAUUAGCUAUCACCGACCGUGUAACACGCGUUGCCGCAGCCAUUGAAAGUUUAGAGCAGGGCCUAGAGCUUCUCUGCGUUACUGGUGUGGAGGAUAGGUUACAAGAUAAUGUCAGAAAUACCCUUGAAACACUCCGUAAUGGUGGCAUUAAGAUUUGGAUGCUUACUGGUGAUAAAUUAGAAACAGCCACUUGUAUUGCUAAGUCCUCAAGGCUUGUUUCAAGAACACAAUCAUUACAUAUUUUUAAACAAGUCAGCACUAGAACAGAGGUUCACCAGGAACUGAAUCAUUUUGGGAGAAGACAAGACUGUGCCCUUGUUAUCAGUGGAGAUGCUUUGGAGCUCUGUCUUCAAUAUUAUCAAGACGAGUUUCUAGAAUUAGCAUGUAGCUGUCCAGCAGUAGUGUGCUGCAGGUGCUCGCCAACACAGAAAGCCACCGUUGUAACAUUAAUUCAACAACACACUGGCAAAAGAACUGCUGCAGUUGGUGAUGGUGGUAAUGAUGUGAGCAUGAUUCAAGCUGCCGAUGCAGGUAUUGGAAUAGCUGGUCGUGAAGGCAAGCAAGCAUCACUUGCUGCUGAUUUUUCCAUAACUCAAUUCAGCCAUGUAGCUCGUCUUUUACUGGUUCAUGGUCGUAGAAGUUACAAGCGGUCAGCAUCCUUGUCUCAAUUUGUCAUCCAUCGUGGCCUUAUUAUAUCCACAAUGCAGGCAAUAUUUUCUGCUGUAUUUUAUUUUUCAUCUGUGGCAUUGUAUCAAGGAUUUCUUAUGGUUGGAUAUGCAACUCUUUAUACCAUGUUCCCUGUAUUUUCUCUUGUUCUGGAUAAGGAUGUAUCUGGAGAAAUUGCUUUAAAAUAUCCAGAACUAUACAAGGAACUAAGCAAGGGAAGAUCCUUGUCUUUCAAAACAUUUUAUAUGUGGGUACUCAUCAGUAUAUAUCAAGGUGGUGUCAUUAUGUAUGGUGCUCUGGUUCUAUUUGAAGAUGAGUUCAUACACAUUGUAGCCAUUAGUUUCACAGCCCUAAUUCUCACAGAAUUAAUAAUGGUUGCUUUGACUAUCAGAAGAUGGCACAUUUUAAUGGCAUUAGCUGAACUACUCUCUCUUGGUCUGUACAUCCUUACCUUGGUCAUCUUCAAAGACUACUUUGAUGCUGAUUUUAUUCAGACUAGAGACUUCUUGUGGAAGGUGCUACUCAUUACACUUGUAAGCUGUCUUCCAUUGUAUAUUUUGAAAUUCCUUCGCAAAAAGUUCUCUCCACCCAGCUAUUCAAAAUUAUCGUAAUUGGGGUGCAGCAUGUUUAAUUUAAUGAUGAUGCUUGUCAGGUUCCAGCUGCAAAGCUGUGAACCAUUCUCUAUCACAAAGACUAUAUUCUAAACAUUCUUUUUUUUCAUUUGUUUUUGCAUUUGUUGUUUAGAUAAAUUGUAACUGUUUAGUUUGCCAAUUACAUUUUUCAGUUGUUAUCUAAGAUGUAUUAUGAAGAUAAAAGUUCAAUUACAUUUUAAAUUGUAAAGCAGUUUUCUGAAUCUCAGUGUUACAAUCCUUUCAUCCCCUACUUUGUAAUCAGAAUAUCAAAUUUUACUUGAUGACAACCUGUUGUACAUUGUUUUGCACUGUGUUUUAAAGUAUUGAGUCUACUGAUGAUUGUACAUUCUUGAAUUAGUUAUUGUUAAGUGUGAAUGUGAUAAUGUAUGUAUACAUAUUUUAAACUGGGAGAAAAAAAACUAACUAACAUUUGUGAUAUAUUUGUUAUUCUAUUUAUUCAAAUAGUUAUUUUCUUUUUAAUUUUUCUGAUAUUCCACUGUGGAUUUUAAUUAGAGAUUUGAAGUUGAAAAUGUUGCAAAACGAUGGAUCAAGUAAUAUUAGUUCAGAUAGUCUCCACAGCUGUUAUUUCACCAGGGGCCUGUAAAGUUAGUGACGUGCGGCACUCCAUGGUGAGGUGAAGGAAGUGGGGCCGCGUAUUGCUAAGUUUACAGGUUCCUGUUUUUGCCACAUUGCGUGUAACUAAGCGACCGAUACAGAUGCAUUACAGUUUCAAACAUCCAUCUCUGUACUGCCGAUGUCAAACUGAAAAAAGUAAUGUAAGAGGAGAAUUAAAAAUAUUCGUGGUAGAAUAAUAUGUAUAUAUAUUUCAAGUCCUGUGAAAUACCCCUUAUCGCUGAUGUAACUGAAACCAGCAUCAAUCAAUGUUAGUACCAAACAGUUCGCUUCUCCACUUCAAAUUGCAGGGAAAAUUAUAGUGUAGAGAACUAAACUCGAUUUAACUGUUCUGUUGAAUAAAGUAUUAUUAAGUUUUCAUAA